AUAGUUUGCCAUUGCAUUAGGCAGAGUUUUAAAGUCUUUCAAAGUUGUUUUCAUUUAUAGCAUUGUCAUUGUGCAAAUUGGUCCCUGGUAGUUCUGCUCACUUCCUUCUGCAUCAGUUUCAUAGAGAUCUUCCAAGUUUUCUGUGAAAUGUCUCACUUCCAUCUUAUGGCACAGUAAUAUUCCAUUACUUAUAUGCCAUAUUUUUAAAUUGAAGCUUUUUAAUUUUCAAAACAUAUACAAGGAUAAUUUUUCAACAUUGACCCUUGCAAAACCUUGUAUUCCAAUUUCUCCCUCUUCCCCUCACCCCCUCCCCAGAUGACAACUAAUCCAAUAUAUGUUAAACAUGGUAAAAAUAUAGGUAAAUCCAAUAUAGGCAUAUAUAUUUAUACAGUUAUCUUGCUGCACAAGAAAAAUCGGAUCAAAAAGAAAGAAGAAACGAAAAAGAAAAUAAAAUUCAAAUAAACAACAAAAGAAGUGAAAAUGUAUGUUGUGAUCCACAUUCAGUUCCCACACUCUUCCCUCUGUGUAUAGAUGACUCUUUUCAUCAGAAGAUCAUUGAAACUGGCCUCAGUCAUCUCAUUGUUGAAGAGAAUCACAUCCAUCAGAAUUGAUCAUCGUAUAGUCUUGUUGUCACAUGUACUGAUCUCCUGGUUCUGCUCAUUCACUCAGCAUCAGUUCAUAACUGUAUGAACCUUCCCCCGGACAAGAUACAGCUUCUGAGUCAGUAUGACAGCGAGAAAAAGUGGGAGUUGAUCUGUGACCAGGAGCGGUUUCAAGUCAAGAACCCCCCAGCUGCCUAUAUCCAAAAGCUUAAGAGCUACUUGGAGACAGGUGGAGUCAGCAGAAAGGUGACAGCUGAUUGGAUGACAAACCUAGGGUUUAAGAGGCGAGUCCAGGAAUCCACACAAGUCCUUCGGGAGCUAGAGAUUUCACUGAGGACCAACCACAUUGGGUGGGUGCAGGAGUUCCUAAAUGAAGAGAACCAGGGCCUGGAUGUGCUGCUGGAGUACCUGGCCUUUGCCCAGUGUUCAGUCACGUAUGACAUGGAGAGCAUGGAUAAUGGCAGCCCCAGCCCAGAAAAGAGCAAGCCUUUGGACCAGUCAGUGGAAGAUCUCGGCAAGGGCUCUCCACCUUCCUCCUCCUCCUCCUCCCUGUCCCAGGGCAAGGGUCGCCACCUGACUGUCAGAUGUCCCCCUUCUCCCCGGCUAAACCCAGCUCACAGUCGGAAAACCCUGAGAAACUCCCGCAUCGUCAGCCAGAAGGAUGACGUACAUGUGUGCAUCAUGUGUCUCCGUGCAAUCAUGAAUUACCAGUCUGGCUUCAGCCUUGUCAUGAACCAUCCCGCCUGUGUCAACGAGAUCACCUUGAGUCUCAACAACAAGAGUCCCAGGACCAAGGCUCUUGUGCUGGAGCUGCUGGCUGCCGUGUGUCUGGUGCGGGGGGGACACGAGAUCAUUCUGGCUGCCUUUGACAACUUCAAAGAGGUGUGUGGUGAGAAGAACAGGUUUGAGAGGCUGAUGGAGUAUUUCCGGAAUGAAGAUAGCAACAUUGACUUCAUGGUGGCUUGUAUGCAGUUUAUCAACAUCGUGGUGCAUUCCGUGGAGAACAUGAAUUUUCGAGUCUUCUUGCAGUAUGAGUUCACACACCUGGGCCUGGAUGUUUACCUGGAGAGGUUGCGGCUGACAGAGAGUGACAAGCUGCAGGUGCAGAUCCAGGCGUAUCUGGAUAACGUGUUUGAUGUGGGUGCCCUCCUGGAGGACACGGAAACCAAGAACGCCGUUCUGGAGCACAUGGAGGAGCUGCAGGAGCAGGUGGCCUUGCUGACAGAGCGGCUCCGGGAGGCAGAGAACGAGUCCAUGGCCAAGAUCGCUGAGCUGGAGAAGCAGCUGAGCAGUACCCGAAAGGAUCUGGACCUGCUGCGGGAGCGCCACAGUGAGUGUGCCAGCAUGGGCACCUCCCAGCUGCCCCCGGACCCCAAGAAGGUACCGGCCCUCAGCCCCGUCCCAGCCCAGCCCUCCGCCUUGGAGCUUAAGCUGGAGGAGCUGGAGAGGAAAGGGUUAAUCCGAAUCCUGAGAGGACCCGGAGAAGACAUCACCAUUGAGAUCAUCCCGGUUGUUGUGGCAACCCCACCUGACACGAUGACGAUGACGACAAAACCGGAGACGCUUGGGGCGCCCGCCUCCCCCUCGGGCACAGAUCUCCCUCCUCCAGCAACUCCUCCCGCUGCAUCUGUCUGUCCUCCACCGCCGCCGCCGCCGCUGCCACAGUCCCCCCCAGUCUCUGCCUCUCCUGCCCCUCAGGAAACCCCAGCCUCAGCACCCCCUCCCCCUCCACCCCUUCCCGGUCACCUGGAUCUGCCCCCUGCCCCACCGUUACCUGGAGCUGAACCGUCCCCAGCGCCGCCGCCUCCGCCUCCGCCUCCGCCAGGGACCAGUGGGACGGUGCCCCCUCCUCCUCCCGGGGGCCUUCCCGGGGCUUUUGGGGGACCCACUCCAGAAACUGGUGCAGUGAAGGCCAAGAAACCGAUUCAGACCAAGUUCCGGAUGCCAGUUUUCAACUGGGUGGCCCUCAAGCCCAGCCAGAUCACAGGCACCGUCUUUACCGAGAUCAACGACGAGAAGGUGCUCCAGGAACUGGAUAUGAGUGACUUUGAGGAACAGUUCAAGACCAAGUCCCAGGGCCCUUCAUUGGACCUGAAUGCCCUAAAAGCCAAGACAGCACACAAGGCCCCCAGCAAGGUGACGCUCAUCGAGGCGAACCGGGCGAAGAAUCUGGCCAUCACCUUACGCAAAGGCAACCUGAGCACUGACCGGAUCUGCCAGGCCAUCGAGACGUACGACCUUCAGGCCCUCAGCCUGGAUUUCCUGGAGCUCCUGACUCGAUUCCUCCCCACCGAGUACGAGCUGAGCCUCAUUGGACGCUAUGAGAAGGAGCAGCGGCCCCUGGAGGAGCUGUCUGACGAGGACCGGUUCAUGCUGCGCUUCAGCCGCAUCCCCCGCCUGUCGGAGAGGAUGGCUACUCUGGCUUUCCUGGGCAACUUCCCGGACACCGCCCAGCUGCUCAUGCCGCAACUGAACGCCAUUAUUGCUGCUUCCAUAUCCCUCAAGUCUUCUGACAAGCUUCGAAACAUCUUAGAGAUUGUUCUGGCCUUUGGGAAUUACAUGAACAGCAGUAAACGUGGAGCAGCCUAUGGUUUCAGGCUACAGAGCCUUGAUGCACUGCUGGAGAUGAAGUCGACAGAUCGGAAACAGACAUUGCUGCACUACCUGGUGAAGGUGAUUGGAGAGAAGUAUCCCAAACUCACCUGUUUCCAUGCUGACCUGCACUUUCUGGACAAGGCUGGGGCUGUGUCCCUGGACAGUGUCCUCCAGGACACUCGAGCUCUCCAGCGGGGCAUGGAGCUGGCAAGGAGGGAGUUCAUGCGCCAAGAUGAUAACCCGGUACUGAAGGAGUUCCUGAAGGCCAACAGUCCCAGUAUGGAGAAGCUAUUGGCCGACGGCAAGACGGCCCAGGAGGCCUACGAGUCUGUGGUGGAGUACUUCGGGGAGAAUCCCAAGACCACGCCUCCGUCUAUGUUCUUCCCUGUGUUCAGUCGCUUCGUCAAAGCCUACAAGAAAGCAGAGCAAGAGGUGGAGCAGUGGAAGAAACAGGAGGCAGCAGCCCAGGAGGCCGGGGCUCCAGUCGCGGGUCAAGGGGACUCUGCAGAGCCCAAGACCCAGUCCCCUCCCAAGGCCCGGCGGCAGCAAAUGGACCUCAUUUCGGAGCUAAAGAGGAAGCAGCAGAAGGAGCCGCUCAUUUACGAGAGUGACCGUGACGGGGCCAUAGAGGACAUCAUCACCGAUCUUCGGAACCAGCCGUACCGAAGGUCGGACACGGGCCGCCGCAGUGCCCGCCGAAAGCCGCCCGGCCCCUCCCUGCAGGUGACCCCCGACCUCGCACUGUAGCCCCGGGCCGCUCGGACCCCUCCCUUCCUCUUCUCCAGUACCACGGGCUCCUGUAGCAGGGCCACCCUAAGCCAGAGCCGCCUGCGCCAGCAGGGACAAGCCGGCUCCUUCACGGGGCCCCCAGAGAGCCCCCUUGUCCGCUUUGGAGAGCAACCUGCGCGGGGACCUCUGGAGUGACAAUCAUGAGGAAAGGGGCAGGGGGGAGUCCUGCUUCUUCACUUGCCAGGAUCCCCCCAGGGUGCCGCCUGUGGACGGCCUUCCACAAAUGCACUUAUCUCAGAGAGGCAGCAGUCCAGGCCUUAGCAUCUCCAGGCAGCAGUCUUCCACCACUUCCCCCCAAAUGCCAGAAGCUGCCCCUCUUUUACCUUUCAUCAUGUAAGCCAUGCUCGGCUGCCACAGGUGUGGGGCUGGCAUCUAUAACUUAUGAAUGCCUGCCACUCUUUGCCCUCGGCCUGGGGCAGGGAGGCCAGAGUGGGGGAUGAGGUGGGGGGAGGGGGGAGGGAGAAACCCCUGGGACCUUAUUUUUAUACGUGGAACUGAAUAAAUGGAUUUGGAAGAUG